AUGAUCCAGCCCGGCACGCGACAGCCUAAUGCUUGGAAAGAGUUUGCGGGUGAGUGGGGGACACUAAAAACAGUGCCACUGGACCGGGGCACCAGUAAAAACAGGCGGAAUGGCGUAGGGCUUAGUGUCCUAGGGCUGAUAUUCAAACACAUCAACCGCGAGGUUAGCGCCAUCAUGGUCUCCACCUCCUGUGAUUUUGUUGAUUACAACUUUCGCAAGUACGACCAGAGACACUGCGCUGUAACCCGAGCCGACCCUGCUACCUUUCGCAUGACCAGUCUGUUGUCAUGGGUUCCCUGGAGGAUGCAAGCCUGGCCGUGUAGCCAUGGUCAGCCACGCGAGCCUUCUGUUCCAUUGCGCCGGGAGAGAUCGGCUGCUCCGGCCGUGUUGCUGCCUGUCGAGGGUGAAUACCCUGUGGCUGUUCGGAGAACCUCCCGAUAUGUGGUGUUACUGUGACCCCAGCGAGGAGCAAAGGUGUACGUACAAGGGUAACUGGACGGGAUCUUUUGUAAGGUGAUGGCAUCAUAUGCCUAACCAGUAAGUCAUUCCCAUUGAACCCUAUUUCACUCAAUUGCCUCGCAAAAGUAUUUUUGAUGGUUGCCAAGGUUCCUCCGGGAAUUUUUGAGUGCAUAGUCCAAGCUUAACUGAGGCUACUGAA